GUCUGGGGUUUAACAUCGUGGGGGGUCUGGACCAGCAGUAUGUCCUGAAUGACAGUGGGAUUUAUGUGGCCAAAAUCAAACAGAAUGGAGCUGCAGCGCUGGAUGGAAGAUUACAAGAAGGAGACAAGAUAUUGGCGAUUAAUGGUCACAAGCUGGAGCACCUGUCACACAGAGCCGCGGUGGAUCUCUUCACGUCAGCGGGAGAGGACGUGCAGCUUCGCGUGCAGCAGAGGCCCACCAUGGUCAUGAAUUUCCCCCCCAGUUCCAGGCCUGACUGCGACUCUUCUGUCUCCUCCUUGGUAAUCCUUGUGGCCGUCCUGGGAGCUGCUGCAGCCGUUACCGUCCUCUACAUGCGCUUCCAGCCACAACUGAGGAGACAUUUUUAACACGCUAAUUUUCUCCUCAAAAGCAUUUUUUUUUUUUUUAAGAGCAAAAGCUGGGACUGAACUUUGCUGAAGGUUAAAAAAAAUAAAACAAAUAAAAAUAAAACAAGAGGAAGAGACGAACUAUAAAAAAGUAAGCCAUGUUUCCAAUUUAUAGUUGUUCAUGUGGUUAGAAUUAUAAUUAUGCACCCCCCCCCCCCCCUUCUGUGUAUUUUGUGAUUAUCAUAGUUGCUUAACCCAAAUGAUACAAGUAUUUUGGUCUCUUUGCCAAAGGGAUAACAACCAUGACAUGACGAGCUAACCGUUGUCGUUGUAUAACUAAGAAAGCUGUAGGAUUCACAAUAAACAUGGUAUACCUACUGCGGAGCGGAGCGGAGCUCCUCAGACAGAAGGACUUGGGUGGCUAAAAAGCCUGUUUAUUCCAAAUAUAUAUAUAUUUUUUGUAUAUCCAUCAGGAGGAGAGAGAUUUAUUUGUAGAGUUUCUAGGCAGACUUUGAGCCCCUGACUCAUUCUGACGGCACAUUAGUUUCGUGUUCUCGCAGGGAGGGUUUUUUUGUGUUUCUUUUGGAAAGGUCCAUGUUGUUGUCUGUCACUCAGAGGACCUUUUGUAACUGAAUGGCUGAUCUGUUUUGGGGGGAGCCUGGCUAUGAGAACUCACUCGCUGUAGAUUUGGAUUUAGCUCGUCUGUUUUAUACAGAUGCAUACUAGCUAUGUGUUUUUGUUGUGCUCUUUCUUUUGGUUUAUGUUCUGACCCCCCCCGUCGUAGAAACGUCUCUAUAAUGGAGCGAACAUACUUCCAGGUGCAGUAGCUGUAUGUGUGUGAAGGUAACGUGUUGGGAGGUGGUUCAAACUGGUCACAAUGACGAGGUGGAUGUGCUGUGAACAUAGUAGCCUGGUCCCAGAUCUGUUG